UGGCAGAGUUACUAGAGACAGCUCAAGACACAACACUGCAGAGUAACGCCUUGGAAUGUCCUCGCACUUUAUAAACAAUUGUCCUAGGGAGGGAAUAUUUUUACAUGACAUUUGCACAGCUUGACAAAUGGCUAGCUGAGGCUGUGUGCUGCUCUGAUGAACAUUGAAUAUCAUACAGAGAUACCCCACAAACUGACCAAAGAGAGUGAUCUAACUGCACUGGGAAAGUAGAAGUGGAAGUUGGAGCCUUAAAAACACCCCACCAAAACAACUAACAAACAGCAGCAGCAUUUAAGUGAAGAGAGCAAGAAAUUUAUCUUGGGCAGAAUGGCAUCUGCCCAGGACCUUUUAAUCCUGGCACUAUAUGGCUUGUUACUAGAGUUACCGGCUGGAUGUCACGCAGCGGAUACGAGGCAGCCAAGGUUACGUCUGUCACAUAAAGAGCUCUGGGAUUUAAACAGGACGUCAGUCUUUCAUAGCCCAUUUGGAUAUCUUGGUCUUCAUGUAAUGCUGCUGGAUGAGUACCAAGAGCGACUGUUCGUGGGAGGAAGAGACCUCUUGUAUUCCCUCGGUUUGGAUCGAAUCAGCGACAACUACCGAGAGAUCCAUUGGCCUAGUACACCUCAGCAGGCAGAAGAAUGCAUAAUUAAAGGAAGAGAUGCUGAUGAAUGUGCAAAUUACAUCCGAGUCCUUCACCGAUAUAACAGAACGCAUCUUCUGGCUUGUGGAACAGGAGCUUUUGAUCCCCUCUGUACUUUUAUAAGAGCUGGACAUCCAUCAGAGGAUCAUCUGUUUCAACUGGAAUCGCACAAAUUUGAGAGAGGACGAGGCAGAUGCCCUUUUGACCCCAGUUCUUCCUUCACCUCCAUCUUAAUUGGUGGUGAACUUUUUACUGGUCUCUACAGUGACUACUGGGGAAGAGAUGCUGCCCUGUUUCGCACCACGAAUCGCAUGGCUCAUCUUCGAACUGAACCUGACAACGAGCGCCUUUUGAAAGAACCAAAAUUUGUUGGCUCAUACAUGAUUCCUGACAAUGAAGACCACGAUGACAACAAAGUGUAUUUCUUCUUUACUGAAAAAGCUUUAGAGGCUGAGACAAACACUCAUGCCAUAUAUACCAGAGUGGGACGUGUAUGUGCGAAUGAUAUGGGAGGCCAGAGAAUGCUCGUCAAUAAAUGGACCACUUUCCUCAAAACCAGGCUAGUUUGUUCUGUGCCUGGGAGAAACGGAAUCGAUACACAUUUUGAUGAAUUAGAGGAUGUAUUUUUGCUGCAAACUCGUGAUAACAAAAAUCCAGUGAUAUUUGGCCUUUUCAACACUACAAGCAAUAUAUUCAGAGGCUAUGCUAUAUGUGUUUACCACAUGGCAAGUGUUCGAGCAGCUUUCAAUGGACCAUAUGCUCAUAAAGAAGGACCUGAAUACCACUGGGCUCUCUACGAAAGAAAAGUACCUUAUCCUAGACCUGGUUCAUGUGCCAGCAAGGUGAAUGGGGGUCUGUACACUACCACAAAAGACUAUCCUGAUGAAGCUGUCCAUUUUGCCAGGAGUCAUCCACUAAUGUAUCAGCCCAUCAGGCCUGUUCAUAAGAGACCAAUACUAGUUAAAACAGAUGGAAAGUACAAUCUUAAACAACUAGCAGUGGACAGAGUGGAAGCUGAAGAUGGGCAAUAUGAUGUCUUGUUCAUUGGCACAGAUAAUGGCAUUGUGCUGAAAGUCAUAACAAUUUACAACCAAGAGACAGAAUCAAUGGAAGAAGUGAUUCUUGAAGAGCUGCAAGUAUUCAAGAUGCCAGUUCCUAUUAUUUCUAUGGAAAUCUCUUCAAAAAGGCAACAGCUCUAUGUUGGCUCCGAGUCAGUCAUAGCACAGGUGAAGUUCCACCAGUGUGACAUGUACGGCACAGCCUGCGCCGACUGCUGCCUCGCCCGGGAUCCCUACUGCGCCUGGGACGGGAUCUCCUGCUCCCGCUACUAUCCCACAGGAGUGCAGGCAAAGAGACGUUUCCGCAGACAAGACGUUCGGCAUGGAAAUGCAGCGCAGCAGUGCUUCGGCCAGCAGUUCAUUGGUGAAGUCCUGGAGAAGACUGAGGAGCGACUUGUUUAUGGAAUAGAGUACAACAGCACCCUUUUGGAGUGCACCCCUCGGACCUUACAAGCAAAAGUAAUCUGGCUUGUCCAGCGAGCACAUGAAACUAAGAAGGAAGAGGUGAAGACAGAUGACAGAAUAAUCAAAAUGGACCUUGGACUUUUAUUCCUGAAGCUCCAUCGUCUGGACGCAGGGACUUAUUUUUGUCAGACAGUGGAACACAGCAUUGUUCACACUGUCAGGAAAAUCACCCUGGAAGUAGUCGAGGAAGAACGUGUAGAUGAAAUGUUCAAUAAAGACUAUGAGGAGGAGAUACCUCACAAAAUGCCAUGCCCAAUGCAGAGCAGUAUACCUCAGGCAUCAAAGCCAUGGUACAAGGAAUUUCUUCAACUAAUAGGUUACAGCAACUUCCAGAGGGUGGAAGAAUACUGUGAAAAGGUGUGGUGUACAGAUAAGAAGAGAAAAAAGCUGAAAAUGUCCCCCUCCAAGUGGAAAUAUGCCAACCCUCAGGAGAAGAAGGCAAGGGUCAGACAAGAGCAUUACCGGUUGCCCAGGAACAUAGCUGACUCCUGAUGGACAAAAUCCAUCCACUGUUUCUAAGCAAAAGGACUUAAGAGGGAGAAAUCAGUCUUGAUUUGAGUAAAUUACACAGGUUUAUAUAUAUAAAAUAUUGGGACUGAAAAAAAAUGCUAUGGUAAGUUAUAUUGUACACAUGAUGACUGUUUAGAAGCAUUUUAAACAAAAUCUUCUCGUUCUAAAUCAAUGCAUUAGGGAGGACGUGACAAUCUUCAGACUUUGAGUGCUUGAAUCAGUCUCCUGUGUGGACUGUGCUUGUGCUGUAUAUUGUUGCACAUGAUGGCAUAUUUAACAAAUUCGAAUAGCUAAGCAUUCACAAAUGGAUGAAAAGUAUAACACAUUUCUUUGUUUCACAAAUUUCUCAUGCUUCUGAAAAUGGCACGUCUUAAGAUCUUUCCUUUUGAUUGUGACCUGUCUGAGUUUAUCACUGAGAACAAUGAGUUAUGUUAAUAUAGUGUAUUGCUAUUUCUAAAGGUAAUGAAGGGAAAUCCUAUUUACUUCCCACAAUUUUUUUUUCAUAUCAAUCAUUUAUGGAGUGCAAUGUGCUCUCACAGCUAAAUAAUAUUGCCUAGUAACUUGAUGUAAGUCAAAUGCAUGCUGAGAACACAGACAGAAUGAAAUUCGUCAAUUUAUCUAUAUAAGAAGUUGAAAUAAUGGUUUAGAUAGAAAACGAGUCCAUCUUGUGUCUAGUACAUUGCGUUAGUGAUGACACGAAUUAAAGGAUCGCCCUCUUGUGGCAAAAAAAAAGCAAAACCUGAUACUAAGAUUCAUUUACUGAAGAAAUGUGUAUAAGCAGAGAAGUAUUACCGAGAUCCACAUCUGGUUUGUUUUCAGCAGACACUUCUAGUCUCCAUGUGCUAAACCCACAGAUUUAGAAGGCAGUGUUGGAAGUCAUUUAUACUGGAAAGGCAGCAUUUAAAGUAAGCGAUGCUUAAUGUUGUUAACAUGCUUUUGGGGUAAAACGCAGUCAUAAAAUGUUAGGAUGUAGAUUAAAAGCAAGAACAGCAUUAUACAGCUGUGUUUCUAUAGUUUCAGGAUCUACUUCACGUAAAUCUUUUCCUGGUAUGUGAUCUCUGGUCUAAAGGGCUGCUUUGCUGCUCUUGUGAGUGAUACCAGGGGAUACCAGGGGAGAUCAAAAGAACUAAGUUGCUUACAAUUUAAGUCUUUCAAGACUUACUAUAAAAAAAAAUAUUUCUUUCUUUAAGUACAAAAAAACAGAUGCAGAAAAUGCACAAAAAUUAGUAUUUCACUACCUGAGAAAUCUAUCUUACAAUAUGAAAUGUAUAUUGGAUUUUUUUUAUUGGAAAUUUAAAAAAAAAAAAAAAGAAAGAUAGGGAAGUUAUAAACACAAAUGAGUCACAUAUUACUUAAUUCCUAAACUGAGAAUAUGAUGCCAGUAAUGGAAAUAGCCAAGCUGAUACAGAUUUUUGGCCAUCAAGAAAAUAUACAAGGGAUUCAUCAGCUCCAAAAAGCUUCAACUUCUAAUCAGGAAAUAGUGGAAAUUAACAGCUUGGAUAACAGAGGCGUGUGGUUUGCUGUGUUAACAAAUGCAGCAAUCAGGGCUAACCCAGUGUUGUUUUCCAAAUAGGCUAUUUGUAAGAGGAGCUCACAGCUGCUGUCAGGACCAGGGAGCUCUGCUGUGCUCCUCUGGGAGUAGAGGCUGUCCUGGUGCUUGAAAAGAGCCCAUGGGCACACUGUCAGCAGCUGGAGUAUGAGGAAAACAGUGUUAUCACCUUGUGUGGGCGUAGCAGCAGUUAGAUCUUUCCAUCAGCCUGUUAAGAAAAUCAGUUGGUCUGAGAGUUUGCACUUUGUUUAUCCAGAACAUCUGUCUAAGAGAUGGGACCAGACACUCUGCACAUCCUUGCAUGAAUUCAUGCAGUUGCUAACUUUGAUAUGAGACUGGAUGAAUUUGGUUUUCUGUGACACUUUAAUGGAACUCAGUUGCAGUUAGGAUCCUGUGUUUGUUUGGAGCUAUAUGGAAAGUGCUGUCACUGAAGGCUGUGGCAGGGAACAUAUGCAGAACAAGCAUCCCUGAUUUAUACUUAAUCCUCACUGACAUCCUUGAUGGAAAAAACAUCAUUUUAAAACACUACUGAAAUCAUUUUCUGGUGAAUUAUAGAGUCCACUUCUUUUAAACAUCAAUGGGAAUUAUUUUUUACUUUUUGAUUAAUUUGCAAGUAUCUAGUGCCAAAUGUAUCGUUAAUGAACUAUUAGAAAAGAAUGACAGCAUCCCAGCCUCAUGGAACAAAUCAUAGAAUCAUAGAAUCAGCCUGGUUGAAAAGGACCUCCGAGAUGAACAAGUCCAACCCUUGAUCCACUAUCACCGUGGUUACUAGACCACGGCACUAAGUGCCACAUCCAGUCUCAUCUUAAAAAAUAUAACUUUGUGUUUCAUUUUCUGAGAUUUCAGGUGGAAACUGUGUGAUAUGGAGAUCAGGAUUUAAUAUGAGAGUGUAUUUUUAACUCCCCAUCCCUUUAGUGGUUACAUGUGGAAAAUUGCAUUACACCUUUAUUUACCUUUUAAAAUACAAAUUUUUAGCUUACACCUAGUUCGUUUCAUGGUUACAAUGUCUGUGAGAAUUCAGAACUACAAGGUCUUGUUCAAAGAGUGCUCUGACAUCUAUGGAAGAAGAGAAAGAGUGACUAUGUAUUUUGGAAGGGUAUGCACAAAUGUGCUUGUACACAAUGUUAUUUAAAAUGCUUCUUUGUAUAUUUGGGGGGCAUUGUCUGCUUUUUUUCAUUAUGAGUUUGAUGUAUUUUGUAUGUGCAUGAAGUGGUCAAAUUAUAAAUAUAAUUAAGAACCAUUUUUGGCUGAAAUAA